UAUUAUAAAGCUCAAGAGCUAAAACAUAAGUCCAUCUAGUAAAUUCCAUAAUCAUUUUUCUCGUUAUUUUUCUACCCUUUUCUCGGAAAGUAGGGGAAUUCCUGAAAACAAACAAAACAAAAGAAAGAAAAAAAAAAAAAAAAAAACCCCAAAAAGAAAGGAAAAGAAAUUAGCCGUUUUUCUUUUGGAUCAAUCCGAGAUCUGCUAAAGUUUUCCUCAAGAAACUUUCCCGGUUGAUCCUCACACUAAAAAAGAAAAAAAAAAAACCAUCAUAUUAUUUUUUUUUAAUUUUCACAAUUUGAGUAAUUUUGAGAAGAGAGAAAAGAGGAAAAUGAAUAUAUUCAGAUUAGCUGGGGACAUGACCCAUUUGUUAAGUGUUGUUGUUUUACUGCUCAAGAUCCACACCAUCAAAUCUUGCGCUGGCAUUUCCCUGAAGACUCAGGAACUCUAUGCCAUUGUCUUUGCUACUCGCUACUUGGACAUAUUCACUAGUUACAUUUCACUUUAUAACACGAUCAUGAAGCUAAUAUUCCUGGGGAGCUCUUUCUCAAUCGUAUGGUACAUGCGAUAUCACAAGAUAGUUCGUAGAUCUUAUGAUAAGGACCAGGAUACAUUUCGCCAUUAUUUCCUUAUUCUGCCUUGCCUAAUUCUUGCCCUUCUUAUAAAUGAAAAGUUCACCUUCAGCGAGGUCAUGUGGACUUUUUCCUUAUAUUUGGAAGCUGUUGCCAUCCUUCCUCAGCUUGUGUUGUUGCAAAGGACUAGAAAUAUUGACAACUUGACUGGACAAUAUGUGUUUCUCCUUGGUGCAUACCGAGCAUUCUACAUAUUGAACUGGAUUUAUCGGUACUUUACUGAAGAGCACUUUGUCCACUGGAUAACUUGGAUUUCAGGGCUUGUCCAGACAUUGCUUUAUGCUGAUUUCUUCUACUAUUAUUUCCAGAGCUGGAAGAACAAUGUAAAGCUCCAAUUACCAGCUUGAGACUUUGGUGGUACAAGUUUGUAAGUAGCAUACAUAGAUAUAAGCUGCUCUGAUUUGGUUACUUGUGCUUUUACAUUUGCCCCUUUGUUCGGGACUCUUUUUUUUUUUUUUCCAAGCUUGUAAGCAAAUAGCUUGGUUUAAUAUCCUAAAUACCAUACCUUGAGAGAUUGUAAUCCAUAUUGUGGAUUCUUUGUAAUGUCAAAAAUUUUGAACUUAUUCAUAUGGUUUGCAUCAUGUGGACUAUAGAAUUAGUUUAUGCUUGUGGUUUAGACAAAAUAGAAAAGAAAAAAGAGAUUGUCAUUUAUGUGCAACAUUCUACUGCACAAUUCAUCUCAGAAGGAAAAAAAAUUCUCAGUCCAUUGCAUGGGAAAGGAAAAAGGUAUAGGAAAAAAUUUCAUGAUACCUCAGCAUUAAGAGGAGAAUGGAGAUUCCAAUCAGAUUUCCAUAGACUUAGAACCAACUUUUAACAUGUGAGUUGUAUUUGUGUCACUUCCAUGUCAAAAGUUAAAUAUUUGAGCUAUGCGUAUGGCAAGAAAAUCAAGUGAUUAACUCC